UGCAGCCCCAGACAGGGCGGCCCGUUACCAAGCAAGCACUGCACCGCGCAGGGUCUGACAACGACGACAGCAGCGGGCACCGACACAGGGAAUACAGCCAGCGUGAUAACAACACAGACUCUCCUGAACACAGUAGGGGAUGGCAGUGAAUGUGUACGCCACAUCGGUGUCCAUUGACAACCUCAGCCGACAUGACAUGCUGGCAUGGGUCAACGAUUCUUUGCAUCUCACCUACACGAAGAUCGAGCAGCUCUGUUCAGGAGCGGCGUAUUGCCAGUUCAUGGACAUGUUGUUUCCAGGUUGUAUCCUUCUGAAGAAGGUCAAAUUUCAAGCCAAGCUGGAGCACGAAUUUAUACACAACUUCAAAGUCCUUCAGGCAGCCUUCAAAAGGAUGAGUGUCGACAAAAUUAUACCUGUAGAAAAGCUCGUAAAAGGGAAGUUCCAGGACAACUUUGAAUUCGUGCAGUGGUUCAAGAAGUUCUUCGACGCCAACUACGACGGGAAGGAGUACGACCCUUUACUAGCCAGACAGGGCCAGGACGUGGCCCCUGCCCCCAACCCAGGUGAUCACUUUAUCCACAAACCAAAGAGAAAUCCAGGACCACAGAGAACAUCUCCAACAGUUCCCAAAAACAUGCCAACACCACAGCGGGUCCAACACAAUGUUCCAGCUAUGAGGAAGAAUCCAUCUUUGUCUAGAAACGGCGGCAGCGACGCUGAGAUCAUGGAGCUAAAUCAACAGUUGAUGGAGCUGAAGUUGACUGUAGACGGACUAGAGAAGGAGAGAGACUUCUACUUCAGCAAACUACGGGACAUUGAGCUGAUCUGCCAGGAACACGAGAGUGAAAACAACCCCGUCCUCAGCAAGAUAAUUGACAUUCUCUACGCAACAGAGGAAGGCUUUGCGCCUCCAGAGGACGAAGACCUCGAUGAACAAGCUCACCUGGACCAGGAUGAAUACUGAACCCGUCGUCUCCCCCCGCCCUGACAUCUCCAUCUCCACCUCCAUCUUCCCUCUCCUUUUUCUUUUUCGCCCUCAUUUGUUUUCUACUCUGCACGCUCUAUAAAUACUCCACCAUUAUCCCUGCUCUCUGUCUGUCUUUUUCCUUUCUUCCUCACAUGUAUAUCUGUUUGUAACCUCUCCCCCAUCCGCCCUCUGGCUGUCAUCAAACUAUACACACAAACACACACAGACACACAACUACUCUGCAUCAUCAUCCGCUGCUCCCCCCCCCCUUUGCCUACACAACAGUAACGUACAACAUAUCCCAGUUAUUUCAGCAUGAGUAACACAGAACCAAGCCUGGCAUGGAGGUUAUUAUGGAAAAACAGUGAAUUUUAAGUCUGUAAAUAUUGCCGACAUUGCGAUUUCUGAGAGGACAAUGUCUUUUGCUCGUUAUGGAGUUAUUUAUUUUGCCUUUGGUGCGCUGUGAGACUUCUGUUAGAGCGCAGAACAACGCUGCUCCGAUGUGCCAUCAGGACACUCCCCCGAGCGACUCAAACUGUAACUGAAGUGACUUUUUAAUAGCAAUUCUUUCUUAUUUAUUUAACUUAUAUUUCCUUUUAGAUUAACUAUCUGUAGCAGACGAUUGGUGCAAAACCUACUGUACAUGAGUUGAAAGCUGAGGCCAUGUUUGUUUUUAUUUUUGAGCUGCGGUUUGUGCUUGAGUCAGCGUCAGGCUUUUUGUUUUCUGUCACGGUGGGUUCAUGGCAUGUAGAAACGCUGAAGGAAAUCCCUUGGUGUAAUGACUCGAGGCGUCUGAUCAGUGCUCCGCGAUUUACUCGUUAUUGAUCAGCAACAUAUCUGAGCAUGAGAAUGUUACACAUUGACUGUGAAUGAGUGAUAUUUUGUAUAUGUAUGUCUUUUGUGUGGAGAUUUUUUUGUCCGACGUUGCACGAUCCUGGUAAAAAACAAAAAAAAAACUGCAGUCGCGUCUUGAAGGCCGACGUGAAGACGCCUAUAAGUUUAAACGUUAGAGGUGGAAAGCCACCCGCAGACUGACAAUAUGGUUAGAGAUUAUAGCAGUUCUAAUGCUUUAUUCUAAAAUAUAAGGGACCCUGACACAGAAUUAACACAAACACAUUUUCCACAUGACAGCUCUUAUCAUGUGUUUCUUGCUAAUCUUGUGUUUUAAACUUUUGAUUUGCUGUUCCGGGUGUAUGAGUUGCAGUUUGGAAGAAAGCCGGUAUGAAUGAAUCCGUGACCAGUCGACUGGUCAUGAUCCGCAUCCAGUUAAACACAAGGAAGUCUCCUAGUCCUUCCCCAGCAAUUUUUUUUAUUUUGCAAACUGGCUGUCAUCUGCUCUGGAACUCGCGUUCAUCAACCAUGCAAACAUCUACAGAACACUCAUCUUUUGAGUUUUGAAUAAAUAAACCGUUGUGAAAUAAA